UUCUCACCAGGUAUGUGGUCCAGAAGAUCCCUGCCCUGCGCAGCGGGAGCAGACGGUGAGAAUUCAUCAACAUGACCUCCGGCAUUGGGCCAUGGGCUAGGGCUACCGUGGUUGUCGCUGAGAAGAUAUGCCCACGUACGUACAAAGAUUUCAAGACCUACGUUGUACGGUGACUUUACGUCUACCGCGACCAGAUGGGUUCCAUCAAGAGGCGAAUCACGAUCAGAAUCACCUAUUGAAGAGCGCCGCAUUUCAUAAUCAAUCUUCCAACACAUCCGAAGCGUUGAGAGCAGUGAUAUACAUGGCAGACAGUGUUCAAUGCUUACCGUCAAGGACGGACUCACGCGUCAACCAGCAACAUUUGACCCUUUUUUGAUGCUGGGCGCAAGAUUCAAUUGAUUGGUAGCGGCCAUGUACUGGCUUCAGGGCGAAGGAUAAGGAUAUUUUUGGGAGAUUUUCGUCAUGCGGACGUCUUUAGACCUCAGAACUCGUCCUCGGUAACUGCCAUAACGAGUGAUGCAAAACGACCCAAGGCGAACACGCCAAAUUUAGCUAGGUUUUUGCUUCUGCACCCUCUCGAUGAACUGCUUGAAUCACAGCUUUCGGGACGCUAAAGCUCCGGAGGCUCUCCUUUGAUCCCGACUGAGUAUCAAUAUCCAAUCGUUUCCUCUCUGCAUCUUCCAAGCAUGUUGGAUGGAUAGGUUGGACAUGAUGCACCAGGUUGUAGCUCUUUUUACACGACAGUAAUGGCUGUCACUCUUUCCACAACAGCAUAAAUUCCAUCGUUCUUCUAGGAUGGUCAUCGUGUCUCACCUCCCCGUCUCAACUCUUGAUUAUGACGCAGACAUCAUUUCCAGCUUUCUUGCUUUUGUUUAUCCUCCUGUCUACCCUGACGCGAGUCCAUGCCCUCUGGCCUCAACCUCGGAGUUUGCAAACGGGCUCCGAGGCGUUGAAGCUUUCCCCUACAUUUGAUAUAAUUGUCUCCGGCAACAUUCAUUUCUUACCGCUUGACUUACGUGAAGCCAUUUCACGUACAAAAGAACAAGUCAAGAACGAUAGGCUUGGACGCGUGGUCGUAGGUCGAGGCUCAUCAGACCAACCCUUGCUCUUUCAAGCUAAACAGCUCGAUGCAUUAUAUUUGUCUUUCGGGGAGCAUGCUACCAUGUCUAGCAUUGCAGAUGAAGCUCGGAAGCCUCUUGAAUCUCGUGACGAGGCAUAUCUUCUGUCCGUUCCCUGUGACGGUUCUCCGGCUACCCUGGUUGCCAACUCGUCCCUUGGAGCUUUCCGUGGACUUGCAACCUUUACUCAAUUAUGGUACAAUUUCAACGGCACAACCUAUGCUCUGCAUUUACCAGUUGAUAUCGUCGACUCUCCUUCAUAUCCCUACCGGGGAUUUAUGCUCGACACCGCAAGACAUUAUUUCCCUGUCAUCGAUAUAAAACGCAUGCUUGACGCUAUGAGCUGGGUUAAGCUAAAUCAACUGCAUUGGCAUGCAGUUGAUAGUCAAAGUUUCCCGCUGCAAGUGCCCAGGUUCAUGGACCUGGCUCACAAAGGUGCCUAUUCACCCGACGAGGUAUACACUCCAGAUGAUAUCGCAGAUAUCGUGUCCUAUGCUGGCGCACGUGGUAUUGACGUCCUAAUAGAAAUUGACACACCAGGACAUACUUCUGUUAUCUCCAAAGCUCGCGCAGAACAUAUUGCAUGUCCUGAGUUCAUGCCAUGGAGGACGUUCGCAAACGAACCACCUGCAGGCCAAUUACGUUUCGCAUCACCCGCGACAACAAAUUUCACCGCCAGUCUCCUGGAGGCGGUUGCAACCAUGUUUCCUUCAACUCUAUUCAGCCCGGGGGGAGAUGAACUCAAUACCAACUGCUACGAUCAAGACAAGGAAACUCAGUCAAUCCUGAGUUCAACCGGACAAAAUCUGGAGCAAGCGCUCGACCGAUUUGUUAGAACAACUCACCAAGCCGUCAUCGACUUGGGUAAGACUCCUGUUGUUUGGGAAGAGAUGGUUCUCGUCCAUAACGUCACGUUGCAUCCCGAAACUAUUGCUCUAACUUGGAUCUCAUCGGACAGCGUUAAAGCUGUUGCUCAGAAAGGACACAGGAUAAUUCACGCGGCGGCUGACUUUUUCUAUCUUGAUUGUGGCGGCGGAGGUUGGAUAGCUCCCGACCUUGCGGGGAACGGUUACUGCGACCCCUUCAAAACAUGGCAACAUGCCUACUCCUUCGACCCGUUAGCAAACCUUACUACUGAGGAAGCCACUCUCGUCUUAGGCGGGGAACAUCUCCUGUGGACAGAACAGUCUAGUUCAGCCAAUCUCGACCCUAUCGUUUGGCCUCGAGCUGCCGCUUCUGCGGAGCUUUAUUGGACGGGUCCCGGAGGGAACACAUCCGACGCUCUUUCACGUUUGCAUGAUCUAUCCUUUAGGCUUCAGAAACGAGGGGUGAACGCAAUCCCUAUCCAACCAUUAUGGUGUGCCCUUAGACCCGGCGCUUGUGAUCUACCUACUACGUCGAGCACUUGAUGAUUCUAACGGGUUUCAUUAACUGUAGUUAAUCUCCGAUACCUGAAUAUGACAUGCGGCCUGGAACGCAUAUAGAGCCAGUCGCACUAGACAUAUCCCUGUUCUCAUGAUAUUUCGGUAUUUCGGGUUCGAGGUUCUUGACGUUGACUGUAAGAAUCCAUUGGUGAAUAACUGCAUUAUGGUGUCAAUGACCAAGAACCUCGUAUACUCUUUGGGCAGGGAUCUACAUUCUAUCAACCCCGGCAGUUCGUCUGAGACUCUGAAGGUGGGCUAUAUGUACAUAUAGCUUUGCACUUAGAAAAAAUGAGAUACCAUAAAUUUCGUGUACACCU